UGUAAGAGCUCUUCUUCUUUCUCUCUCUCUCUUUCUUAUCUUCAUGCUCCAUUUUUGCACUGCAAUCGACACCAUAACUCCAACCCAAUUUAUCAAAGAAGGACAAAGCCUCAUUUCGACUGGUGAGAUCUACCAACUCGGCUUCUUUAGCCCUCCCAAUUCCAAGAACCGCUACGUUGGAACAUGGUUCCACAACGUUCCUACACAAACCAUCGUUUGGGUGGCGAACAGAGAAAACCCACUUAGUGAUUCAUCUGGAGUUUUCAGAAUCAAUGGUGACGGGAACCUCGCUGUUGUAGAUGGAAGAGGAAACAUUCUCUGGUCAUCGAACUCUUCCACUGCAGUGAAAAAUUCAACUGCAACGAUUCUUGAUAGCGGUAAUCUUGUUCUGAGAGAAAGAAAUUCGAGUAGCAGCAAUGAAGUUGUAAUAUGGGAGAGCUUCAAAGAUCUUUCCGACUCGUUCUUACCUACGAUGAAGUUGUAUGUUAAUCUCAAGACAGGCGAGAGAAAUGUUCUAACUUCAUGGAAGAGCAGCAACGAUCCAGCAGCAGGGAAUUUCACUUUCGGCAUCGACGGAGAUGAGAUCCCACAACUUCUUGUAUGGAAUGGUAAGAAUCGAUACUGGCGAAGCGGGCAAUGGAAUGGAAAGAUAUUCACGGGAAGGCCUUUAAUGUAUGAUAACUACUUAAACGGGCCUAGGGUAGUUAAUAUCCAGGAAGGGAUGAUAAACUACACACAUGCGUACUUUAGUAAAGGAUAUUCAAGAUUGUGGUUGGAAUGGGAUGGCAUGUUUACACAGAAGAAUUGGGAUGAAAAUAGAAAGGAAUGGUUUGUGCCAUGGCCAGAUCCUCGGACCCAAUGCGACGUCUAUGGCACGUGUGGCCCGUUCGGGGUCUGUAGGGAGUUCGGUUCGCAGAUGUGUAGCUGUUUGAGAGGGUUCGAACCGAAGUCGAUCGAUGAAUGGAAUAAGGGGAAUUGGUCAGGUGGGUGUGUUAGAAGAACCCAACUGAAUUGUAGCAGUGAUGGAUUUUUGAAACUUGGAAGGAUGAAACUGCCUGAUUUUUCAGAGUGGGUGCAGCAUUUGAAUGCUAAGGAGUGUGAAGAUGGGUGUCUGAAGAACUGUUCUUGUGUGGCCUAUGCGCACGUUAGUGGGAUUGGGUGUAUGGUUUGGGGUGGAGAUUUGGUGGAUAUUCUAGAGUUCCCUUCCGGCGGUGAGGAUCUUCACAUCCGUUUAGCGAUUUCCGAACUCCGAAAGAAGACCAGAGGGCAGGAAAUGACACUGUUCGAAGCGAGCUCAAGGAUAAUAGAGGGCUCUAGAAGUUCUUCGGAAGCCAAUACACUGAGAAAUGGUAUAAAGCAAGUAAACGGCCUAGAAUUGCCGAUAUUCGAGUUCAGGAAAAUAGCAUUUGCAACGAACAGCUUCUCUGAUGCCAAUAAGAUUGGAGAAGGUGGUUUUGGUCCCGUUUAUAAGGGCAUGCUGCCGGAGGGACAGGAAGUAGCAGUGAAAAGGCUAUCCAAGAGCUCUAGACAAGGCUUACAGGAAUUCAAGAAUGAGGUUAUCCUAAUCUCCAAACUUCAACACAGGAAUCUUGUUAAGCUAUUGGGGUGUUGCAUUGAAGGAGAAGAGAAGCUUCUGGUGUAUGAAUACAUGCCGAACAAGAGCUUGGAUUCCUUCCUCUUCGAUCCCAACCAAAAAGCAGUACUAGAUUGGGUGAGACGCUUCCACAUUGUCGAAGGGAUUGCUCGUGGGCUUCUUUACCUUCAUCGAGACUCCCGAUUGAAGAUAAUUCAUCGGGAUCUAAAAGCCAGUAAUAUUCUGUUGGAUGGAAGCUUGAAUCCGAAAAUAUCAGACUUCGGAACAGCAAGGAUUUUUGGAGGAGAUCAGAUUCUAGCAAGAACAAACAGGGUUGUUGGGACAUAUGGAUAUAUGUCACCUGAGUAUGCCAUGCAAGGACGGUUUUCAGAGAAAUCCGAUGUAUUCAGCUACGGGAUUUUGUUGUUAGAGAUUGUGAGCGGUAUGAGGAACACAGGUUUCUAUCCUCAGACAGGGUCAUUGAGCUUGUCGGGCUACGCAUGGCGGUUGUGGAACGAAGACAAGAUGUUCGAGAUGAUCGAUCCAGUUCUGGGAGGCUGUGUCUCCAAAUCGGAAGUGCUGAGAUGCAUCCAUGUGGGACUCUUGUGUGUGCAAGAAUUCGAGGCAGACAGGCCCACCAUGGCAUCGGUGGUGUUCAUGCUUGGGAGUGAAAUUGCGACUCUUCCAACGCCCAAACCGCCCGCAUUUACCAUAAGCAGAAAUUCCACAAAAUCAGAGUCGGCACAGAACCAUGAAAUUUUCUCAGUAAGUGAAGUCACGAUGACGACGAUUCGUGGCCGCUGACACAAAAACAAGAUG